AUGCUGGAAUUGGACGUAGUUUACUUAACACUUGUGGCUCUUCUUUCAAGGGCAGUGCUUUAUGUUUCUUUUCUAUUUUUAAGGUUAAGCUUGUGGAAACGUAUAAGCAUAUGGUGGUCGAAAGGUUAAAAAACAGUUACUUGUUAUCUUUCUUGAAGAUCAACUUCUUGUUUUAGGCUCUGGUGGAUGCUGAGGCUUCAAAUCACGGACCAGUAAAUGAUCCUACGGUGUUAUCAGUCCGAGCACCUGCUCAAUUGUAUUGUCAGCAUGUUAUUUUUGCACCAUUGAGAAGACAUUUUAAGUCAAAGAUGGACAAAGUCUUUUCCAAAGUGUUAUUGAAGGCGAUUUCUCUACAAGCUCACAGUUUGGUAAUGCCACCUUUGGGUACGGGAGGAUUCAGGUUGAGUGUCCAUGAGUGUGCAGAUGCCAUGAGGAAAGCGUUUGAAAGAAUUCAUGACUUUGGCUCUUUAACGGUAAGGUUUUCGUACUUAUAUUUUAAAAUUAUAUCACAAUACUAUAGACAAGGCUUACUUUGUUAUAUAUUAAUUAUUUUUUAUAGGAAGUCGUUAUCGUGGACAGAGCUCAUCACUUAAUUGACCAUAUUAGAAAUAUACUGGUGCAGAUGGCGGUAGAAGAACUUGUAAAUCAAGAUGCGAACGAUUCUGGUGUCCAGAGCCCUUCUACUUCUAAUCCAGUGGCAUCUCUUCCGAACGUGGAUCCGAACCUUGAUUUAGCAUCGCCAUUCUCUAUGUUUUACACAUUCCAAACACAAGAACAGUUGGACGAGAUGAAAGAGAAACGACUGGUCGAGAUGACGGAGAAUCAUCAGAACGACGACAUUAUUGAAGGAUGUCCUAUUUGUCUGUUGGAUAUGUGUGAUGGAGAUCCGAUUAAUGUUGGAGGAGCUAAUGGAGUGGUCAAGUUGAACAGAUGUCCACAUUACUUUCACAGGAAUUGUAUUAUUGUAAGUUGUCUUACUCAUUACCAUGAUUUUAAUGUAUAAUAUACCAAAAUAUUGCGUGUUUUAUAUUAUUAUACUUUUUAGCAAUGGUUUUCUACGAAACCACAAUGUCCAGCGUGUAACACUUGGUACAUGUUAACUCAGGGAAAUCAACCGGGCGAUGGUCGAAUGGACAUUGAAGUUGUCAGUCGAGGAAGAUUGGAGGGCAUGAGUGAUGUCAGAGGCUACAUCAGGAUUAAAUAUUAUUUUCCAUCAGGAAUUCAAAGUGUAAGAUGACGGUUUCUUAAUAUUAAAGUAUAUAUAUAUUGAUUGCGUUAUAGAAAAGCAUACACUGACAUAUAACAGUAUAUUUACUGUGGUAAUUAUAGCAUGCUCAUCCUCGCCCUGGAGUGCCUUACCACGGUAUGACUCGGACAUGUUACCUACCAAACACAGAUGACGGUCAUGAGGUGGCAGAUCUUCUGCAGUUGGCCUUUGAGAGAAGGCUUGUUUUUACUGUUGGAGAUUCUGUUACGACCGGUCAAAGGAACGUUAUUGUUUGGAACGGUAUCCAUCAUAAAACGAGUCGACAAGGAGGUCCAACCAAGUAAGGGUUUGAGUAAAUAAUGUGUAUUAAUUGUUUUGUUUCUUCUUUUUAUUUUUUAUUUGUUUUGCUCUUGAUAUUAAAGUAUUAUUUUUAGUUUUGGAUACCCAGACCCCACAUAUCUUGAUCGUGUUCGCCGUGAACUUGCCGCCGUUGGUAUCACCGAAGAUACUUUAGAACAACAGAACAACCUCGAUGUCUCGUUUUGA